AUGCCAGUUAAUCUUCAACCUUCUGCUGGUACUUCUGGUAGUCUCAGGAAAGAAAAAUCACGAGGAGAGGGUACAAGAAGAAUGCCGACUAAUUCGCGACCUCCCCUAUCGCAUCGGAUACGGGCAUCAUUCGAAGGAAAGAAAUCCCAGGAUUCUACCAGUUCCAAACAUGCGAGCUUCUCCGGUAGUAGUCCAACAGAUCCGGAACUUCUCCGACGGAUAAUCGAUGAAGCUAUUUCUGGAGAGGUCUUCCAGGCUGGACUUGCUUCACAUAUAGCCAAAUUGCUCAAGCCCGAGAUCAAAACGGCUUUGGACACAAUUGAGCCAGUUGUUAAUGCAGUUCUACAACAUGAGCUACUCUUGAAGAGGACCAACAAUAGCGUGGACCAUGUUUUGUUGAAGUUGGAGUCAAUGGCAGAUGAAGAGGGAUCAAUAACUCCAGGCCAAGCAAGACUUAGUAUCCACGGCGCCUUAUCUUCACACCCGGUAGCAGACGAGGGGCCACUGCCCAUACCAGAUAAUUCGGCUUCUGGGACUGGUACACCUGUUUCAUUUUCCAAUCAGGAAUCAAGACCUGCCUUCAACCGAGGCCUCACAUAUACAGCCGGAAAACUAACUGAAAUAUCGGACUCGUUGGACUUGAAUAAUCAUAAACUAGGGAAAGUGGUAGAAGGAAUAGCGGAGAUAAAUAAUUUAUUGUCAUCGAACGAACGCUUGGAUAGUUUGAAAGAAAGCUCAGACAAGAAUGAUACCAAGACUUCAGUGAUCCAAACGCAAAUAGAUCAAUUGCAGGAAAAUGUUAGGGUAGUCAUCACUCGAAUUGGUCCGGAUCUAGGAAUAAAGGUAAAGGCGAUCAAUGAUCAUCUGACUGGAGAAACGCCCAUUCAAGAGACGAGAGCUGUGGCUUCCAAUGGUAGUGGGGGCGAUGUUGAGCUUCUUCAAGCCAUUUCUUCUCAAUUAGAAGCUUUGAAGGAUAGCCUGGAAAUAGGAACUUCGUCACAUAAUGAUAACUUGGGACUAUUGAAGGAACAAAUCAAUGCUUUACAGUUAACACUCGACGCCCAGAAAGAGAUAUUGGGGGAGAUCAAGGAAGCAGAAAACAGCGCUGAAAUUUUGGCCGGUAUACAAAAAUCAAACGAGUCACAUGAGACACAUGCCACAAUUUUGAGAGAGCUCAAAGAGAGAAAUACACAACCUGUGGAAGUAUCGACCCAACCAGCUCCCACGUCAGCAGAUGCGGAAACACUUCAAACGAUCUUGACGGAAGUACAGAAAUCUAACGAGGCCCAUGAGAAGCAUACGGCCGCGCUCGAGAGUAUCAAGGAAUCGGACGCAAGUGCAGCCAUAUUAGCGGAGGUUCAAAAGUCGAACGACUCGCAUGUCCUUCAUGCAUCUGCUCUAGGAAGCCUCAAAAGUAUCACUCCGCCACCAGAACAAACCACCGCAAUCGAUCUAGGACCCUUUGAAUCAAAGAUGGACAGCUUGAUAGAAACAAGCACAGCAAUUCUCGCGGAAGUUCAAAAAUCGAACGAGUCACAUGUUUCACACACAGCUGCAUUAGAAAAUAUCAAGGCCCUACCAAAUCCACCUUCCGAAUCUCCAACUGCAAGUGCAAGUGUUGAUUUGGGAGGCUUGGAGAAGGAUAUAGGAACUGUUAUCGAAAAGUUAGAUGUGCACGCUGCUAUUCUGGAAGAAAUCAAAACGAGGGAUGUUUCUGGAUCCGGAGGAAUUGACGCUAGUGCUUUUGAUAACCAUUUUGGCUCCAUUACUACUUCCUUGGAGGCGCAUACGGCGGCAUUGGAUGAGAUUAAGUCGAGAGACCUAGCACCUGCUGAUUUCAGUCCAAUCGUCUCGGUGCUUGAAGCUCACACUGCAACUUUGGAAGAUAUCAAAUCGAGAGCUAUAGGAGGUGAUCCAGAUUUCAGUCCAAUAACCGCCCUGUUGGAAUCUCACACUGCAACCUUGGAGGAUAUUAAAUCGAGAGAUUUAACGCCUGCUGAUGAUGGUCCAAUCAUCUCAAUGCUUGAAACCCAUGCGGCAACGCUGGAAGAGAUCAAAUCAAAAAAUGCAGGAGGCAGUCCAGAUUUCAGUCCAAUAACUGCCUUGCUAGAAGCUCAUACUACAACCUUGGAUGAAAUCAGAUCGAAAGAUUUACCAUCUACUGAUUUCAGUCCAAUAACUACCUUGUUAGAAGCUCAUACUAUAACGUUGGAGGAUAUCAAGGCUAAGGACACUACAAACAGCGUUGAUUUAAGUUCAAUCACUUCAACUCUGGAUGCUCACCGUGCAGUUUUAAAUGAGAUUGUAUCAAAGGAUGUCCAGUCUAGUGGUGUGCCCGUAUCAAUUAAUAUGGAUGCCUUCGAUACACAUUUCGGCUCAAUCAACGGUAUAUUAGCAGCACAAACAGCCGCAUUGGACGAUAUCAAGUCCAAAGAUGGCCCCUCCAAUGAUUCUACAUCUGCAGAAAAUACCAUCGAAAUCCUCGACAAACACUUUGGUUCGAUCACUCACAUGUUGGAAGCACACACCGCAGCAUUGGAAGAAAUCAAGGCAAAGGAUUUCACACCUACCACAGGACAAACGGAGCUGAACACAGCAGCGUUUGAUGAUCACUUUGGUUCUUUGACACGCAUGCUAGACUCACACACAGAAGCUUUGGAUGAAAUCAGAUCAAAGAACAAUGAUUCAGCUCCGCCUUCAACAUCAAGAGAUAAUGUGGGCCUCGAUUCAUUUGAACCACAUUUUACGGCGAUUAAGAGUGCACUUGAUGCUCACAUCGGUUUGCUGCAAGAGAUAAAGUCCGAGGCCCUUGCCAAAAAUGAUAUGGAUGCAAUGGUAGUAGAUAAUUUGCUGGAACCACAUAUCAUAGCUAUCAAGAGUACUUUGAGUGCACAUACAGACAUUUUGGAUGAGCUCAAAUCCAAUAUUUCUACUAAUACCACGAAUCCUUCCGAAAUUGCCAACGAUUCAUUACCUAAGAUAUUGAAUACCCUUAAUCGCCACACCAAUCUACUCACAGAAAUCAAGAACGCGGAUGUAAGUGAUGAGAUAUUGACUGCAUUGCAUGAGUUACAAGAAGGUAAUUCUGCAGCUUUCAGUACUUUGAAGGAAUCGGAUGUCAGUGAUGAAAUACUGACUGCGUUACAUACUUGUAAUGAUUCACAAGAGAAGCUGGAUAGAUCACUGCUUGAACUCAAGACAGCAGUGAAUAUUUCUAUUUCAUCUGAACAAGACGGGAACAAAUCAAUUGAUCACGUUGAAGCAGUCAAAGAAUCUAUUGCUGCUGUAGAUUUUAGUGGAUUGGAGACUCAGAUUAGUGCGGUCAUUGCGACGCUUGAAAGCCAAAACGUGGUUUUAGGAGAGAUCAAAGAUACUACUAAUGCUGGAAUGGAAGCACACGGCUUGCAUAUCACAACUCUGGGUGAGAUUAAGGAUGCAGCUAAUGCCUCAAAUGAUUCUCACACGGCACAUGCUGCAGUUCUUGGAGACAUAAAAGAUGCAGCUCAUGCUUCAAACGAAUCCCAUGGCACCCACACUUCUACAUUGGGAGUCAUCAGAGAUGCAGCAGCCUCCUUGAGCACUGCACACGCCACGCAAAUUGCUACUUUUGUCGAACUCAAGCAUGCAAUAAACGCCUCUAAUGAAUCUCAUAAUACUCACACCAGCACACUAGCAGAGAUUCGAGAUGCAGCUGCCAACUCAAAUGACGCAAUUCUCACGCACACAGCUACUCUAAAUGAACUCAAAGAAGCAAUCGAUGCAUCGAAUGACUCUCACACUUCUCACGCUGCUGCUUUGGAAGAUCUGAAAUCCAUACAUUCAACACAGUCGUCGCCAGAUGCUACCUCUGAAUCAACAUCACCACCGGUGCUUGAUACAAGUGCACUAGAUACUCAGCUUUCAACCAUUAUCACAACUCUUGAAUCCCAAAAUUCCACCCUAGGAGAAAUGAAAGAUGCUCAUGCCUCUCACACGACCACUUUGAGUGAGAUCAAGGACUCAACGACAGCAUCUAAUGAGUCGCAUACUUCGCUUGCAACAGUAUUGAGCGAAAUUAAAGAUGCUCAUGCCUCACAUACAACAGCCUUGACUGAAAUCAAGGACGGAACAACUGCAUCUAAUGAUUCGCACACUUCACACACGACAAUUUUGAAUGAAAUCAAGGAAGCAACAACGGUAUCUAACGAGUCGCAUACUUCGCACACGACUGUCUUGAGCGAAAUUAAAGAAGCCAUUACUCCUGUUAAAGGCAUUAAUGAGGCCAUAAGUAUACAUACAGGUUUAUUGGAAGGUCUGAAAGAAGACACCGGAUCACAGCAUAAUGAAUUGAAGAGUGAUAUUGACGGAUUGAGGAAACUUGUAGAUGAAAGUUCCAUCAAACAAGAGGAAAGUCUGUCAAAACAUGGGGAUUUGAUCAAGGGGCAUGGAGACUUGGUUAAAGAAAAUCAUGAUGGGUUGAAGGGAACGAUUGCGGGACUUGCUUUGGGUGGAAUUGCAGGGGUGGGGGUUAUGAAGGCUAUGGAUGAAGUGGAAGAUAAGGAUGGUAAGGUAAGUGAUGUUGUUGAACGGGAUAUAGAAACACCAGAAGCCUCAGCCGAAGAUAAGUUUCUUGAGGAACAAACGCCAGUAUUAGAACAAGAAGCGCCUGUAGUGGUGGAGGAUGCAGCUCCAGAGCCUACAGAACAAAACCCGGAACCCCCAAAGGUCGAAGAACAAUUUGUGUCAGAAUCGGAAGCACAGUUGAAGCCCGAAUUGUCUACGGACGACGUAAGGACCGCCAGUGAGGAAACGCUAGUAGAACCAGAGCUAGAACCAGAAGCUGUUGUGUCAGAUACUGAAAAGACGGUCGACGUCAAUGAAGAUCCAGACCCUACACCAGUAGACCAAGAACCAGAGCCAGAAGCUAUUGAGAAGGAAUUUCCAACCGAGGAACCGACAUCCAUCGAAGCGGAGGCUCCAACGCAGGAAGCUGUCAUUGAAGAGCCGACUCCAACAGAUGAAGAACCGGAACCAAAUACUAUGGAAACAACGGAAGAUACAGCAGCUAUUGAGUCCGAACAGAUUGGCAAAGAUCUCUCUGGCGAAAAGACACUCCCUCAAGAGGAAUCUGAGCCCAUAGAAACCUCAGAGGAUUCUUCUGAACUCAACCAAGAAGUUGAACUUUCAGCGAGAAACGAUAAUGAGGAGCCCGAAUCUCUUAAGAAGGAAGUAGAGAUUGAUGGUGUCACACCAAAUUCAAUUGAACGAUCAGGUUUGGCUCAGGAUACUCCCGAAGACAAAGCGCCUCAGGUAAACGAUGCAGAAGAAGAGCCAAUACCUGAAGAGGGCGAUGCCACAGAACUAUCCAGGGGCAAAUUGGAAGCCGAAGGAGGACUUGUCGUUGAGGAGAUACCUGGUGAGAAAGAGAUUGUUGCGGUGGAAGGGUCUGAGGAGGAAGCAUUUGGUGAGAGCGAGAGAGCUGAAAUACAGCAAAAUGAAGAUGUAGGCGAUGAUGAUUCGAAAUUCACUGAAGAGAUAGCGCCUGUUCUACAGGAGUCAGAUCAAAACUUGACUGCCGACUUGCAACAGACAACCCUGGCGGAAGAAGAAGAAAAGCUCUCCGAAAUCAAGGAAUCUAGUGAGCCAAGUUUGGAGGAAAUGCUCAUCGAAACCCCCAUACCAGAAGUCUUGAGUGAUGCCCCUCCGGCACACUCGGAGGAAACUUAUCCUCUGGAAACAAACGAACCUGUUCCGGAGUCUGAGCAGGCUAACUUACCUGGUUCCGCCGAUCCGCCCGUCGAAAACGAAGAAACACCCGUUCUUACAGAUCACGAUGUUGAGGCACUUACUCAAGUACCCGAAGCAAGUGAUGAAGCACCCGCGGAUAGCGUAGAAAUUUCUACAGAGUCUGAAGUAAUUGAGCAGUCCGAAGAAGAGAAAACGGUUGAUGAAGAAGGGGAGAUUGAAAAAUUGGCUGAAGAACAUCCGGUGGACAGUAAUGAAGUCAAUUUGGAAAAGGAAGAUUUGGAACCUAAGGAUGAGAAUCUUCCCACCGAAGACGUGGAGAGUGCUAUUGACACGUCGAAAGAGGAUAAGUCUUCGGAAUCGGCUGCGGACACAGAGACACCCCUUCUAGAUUCAAACGAUAUGAAUGAGGUUCUUGCCGAGAUUGAUGCGAAGGAUUGGGAAACGGAAGUUGUGGAGCCUAUCAAUAAAGAGACACCGGACCAGGCGGAGGAAAAUGUCGAGUCCUCUCAUGAUCAAAGCAAUCCCGACGCUCCUAUCGAAACCGAGAUACCCGUUUCGGAUAUGAACGACCAAGAUGAAGAGCCUGUCGAAAUUGAGGUGAAAGACUUGGAAGUGGAAGAUGGGGAACCUCAUAGCGAGAAAGUACCCGAACAAGCUGUAGAGAACCUUUCACAAACCGUGCAGACAGAAAACGAUUCCGAGCUGGUUGUCGAAACAGAGGAGCCUGUAAUUGAUUUAAACUCUCAUGAUCAACAUCCCAUUGAAAGCGAGCAAGAAUCAGUGGAAGUUCCUGCUACGAAAAAUGCCACUGAUGGUGUCUUCAGCGAGCCCACAGAAGCCGUUGAGUUCCCACAUGAAGAGAGCAUCCCACAAUUACCUGUUGAGACUGAAGAAAACACUCCCGAGUUGAACGCUCAAGACGAACCUCUAAUUGACAGCGAAGAAGCCCCCGAGGAACAUGAAAAAUUGGAAAAUUUCACUCCAUCUGUCGACAAUGGAGAAAAGACUCUUGAGCCAGACAGCCAGGAAUUCAGCACUGAGAAUGCACCUCUCGAGAUUGAAGAGACACCAAUCGAAGUUUCUCAAGAACAAAGUCCAGAUUCAACUAUUAAAACCGAGAUAACAGCAAUUGAGUCAAGUAAUCAAGCGCAAAUUCCAGUCGAGAGUGAAGAGAAGUCCGUGGAACCUGCUGUUAGUGAACCGGAAGCUGCAGGUAUGGAAAUUGAAGAGCCACAAGCGGGCGACGAAGCUCAAGUCACUAAAAUAUUGCCGCAAGAAAUUGCUGAAGAGCCGGUGGUCGAGGAUCAAAGUCCUGUUAAGCCAGAAUCGAGAGAUGAAGCUCAGGAUGUUACUGAUGACUAUGAACCAGAAAAACAACAUGCUGUUGAGAUACCGAUUGAAGGAUCAGUCACUGAGAGCCUAGCUUAUUUCCCCACCGAAGAGGAAAGCGUCGAAGACAGUGCGCCAGUAGAGAGCAAUCUUGAGCCAGAAGUUGUAAAUGAGAAUGUCUCUGGUGAGUUCGGAUCAAGCGAAGAAGAGCAGAUUGUAGCCAACGAUGGAGACGAGCCUCUAUCAACUGAAAGGGAAAUACUUGACAGUCACCACGAAGAAUCGGUCUCUGGAAACGAACCAACAUCCGAGAGUGUGAUUCAUGAAACUUCUGAAGAUAUCAGAGAUGCAGAAAAACCAACAGAAAUCGAUGAACAGGUUGCCGAGAAACCCAGCCAAGAUCCAGUUCUUGAAAGCCAGCCAAAAUCAGAGUCAGUUGUCUAUGAAGAUCCUGAAGAUAUCAAAGCCCGUGAGGAAAUUGCUGCCUUGAACGCGGAGAUGGCUAGAAUUUUAGCUGAGGCUGAGGAGGAGGAAAGAAGAAAUGCUCCUGUGGAGACGGAAACAAUUCACGAGAAUCAACCAAAGGAACUAGAUGUUGAACAAGAUGCCGAAGAACCAACUCAUGUCACGGAAGCACAACCACCAGUCCAAGACCAGGAAACUCCUAGAGACCGAAUUGAGGAUGAACAAUUCCAGGCUGAUGUUACUGAGCCGGAGGAAGAGCAAAAGGUUCCUGUGACUGACGAGGAGCUUUCAAACGACACUAGCCCGGAAGAAAAUCUAGAAAGGCAUGUAGUAUCAUCUAACGACCUCGAAGAGGAUGCUAUUCCUGCAGAAUCGGAGAUUCAUGAGGUAGAGUCUACCAAUAUCUUGCCCGCAGACGAGUUGUAUCACGUCGACGAAAAUACCUCAGCCACCCACGAAGAUGCUAUCGAAAGUCAGAGCCAGAUUGCCGAGGAUGAAAAUGUACAAGAAGACCAUCCGGUAAUCCCUUCCGAGGAUGAGAAAACAGAUCUUGAAAUUCCGUCAAUAGCCGAGCAGCCUGAAAAUAAAAUCUACAGCAACGAAAGUGCACCUGACCAAGUUGCAGCUUCAUCUAGAGAAGAGGAACGGGUAUUAGACAUAGAAUCACUACCUUACGAAGCUCACAUGGAACCCGAGACGGAAAGCUUCGAGAAAACACAGUUGAGUGACCAUGUUGCACCUUCGUUGGACAUUAGGGAAGAUGAAUCUUUGCCUAUUCAACUUGAAUCAGAAUCAGUUCUUAGAGAGGUAAUAUCAGAGGAACCAAGACUGGAAGGAGAAAUCAACCCUGGGCAGUAUUUCGUGAAAUCUGAACAGGAAAACCCGAGAGACGUAAUGAGACUCGAAGACUAUCCUGCCGAAGAAAGUUCGCUCUCCAAGUUAGAUUCCAUUAGCGAAAGCACCCACGAUGUGGAAAGUGGAGGUGAGGAAAUAGAGAAUGGAAGUCCCUUAGUGGAGCAUCUCGAGAUUGUUGAAUCAGAACCAAUUUCGGAAGAAAACCCAAAAGACAUCGAUUCCAAAGUUGACGAGAAUGCUCACUCCGUGGAGCGUGAAGUCGACCAAGAAAAUGUUGAAGAUCACAAGGAAUUAGGAGCUGAUCUUGUGGUCCCUGAAAGUCCUAAAUCUGAAACGACCGAUGAUAACGAAUGGGAUGAACCAUAUGAUACUCCGGAUGACAAACUACAAGGAUUAAAGCCUUCAGCAGAAUUUCAAUCAACUGCAUCAAAUCACGGAGGAGCUCCAGCCAUCGAAGAAACCCAGCAUGAUAGCGAGUCAACCCAAGACGAAAUCGCUUCCGAGAUUCCUCUCACAAGCCCAUCAGUCCAGGAAAAGCAAGCUAUCCUAGAGAAGGACUAUCCCGCUAUCCAAAGCUUCCCAGCUCAACAUGAGAGUUAUCAAUCCUUCGAUGAUUUUUUCCCAAUCGAGAAUGAAGCUGUUCGAAACAGCUUCCAUGUUUCAAAUGAAGAUGAGCUAGAGUUCGCGGAAGAGCCAGACUCUAGAGAAGCUCCAGUUAUGUCUGAUAACGAACACAUAUCGGGGAACAAAUUUGCCACCGGAGUCAAGGAUGACUUACAACCUGAAGAUACCGAAUCCAUCUAUUCCCAAGAAAAUGAGCCAGCGAUCACUGCAGAACACCACAGGCUAGAGAGAGAUGAUUUUUUUGACCCGAGAGCCACUACCAGUCAAUACGUGGCUGCCGAGCAACUAGAACCAGAACAAGAGUCAGAACCUAGCCACAUCAUUACCGGAACUGACUCAACUCACGAGGCCCAGUUCAGUCAGCCUGAAAUUUCAGCGGAGCAAAGAUACACAGGCUAUGACUACGACUAUGACUAUGAAGAGCCAGCUCUAAAUACACAAACUUACUCCGACUCGGAAGAUGACAUGGAGUCAUCUCAACCGGAACCAGCAACUUUACGCUAUGAAUCAAGGGGCUCUUACCCCUUACAAGGAACCAGCUUUAGUAGAUCUAUACCACAACCAAGAUAUUCAAGCCAUGAAGAAGUUUCUCACGAUACACGUACCUUCAACGAGCAAGAUGACAGCCAGCAUUUGAGAUCAAUGCCUACAUACUCUAGCCCAAGCUAUUCUCAAAAAUACCUUUCAGAGUCCUAUCCAACUCAAGAAGUUCACUACAACGAGCCUGAGCCCCAACAAGAUCAGCCGAUAACGCCCACAUAUCAAUCGUCACAUCAAGAUACCAUUCCGGAAACUCCAUCAACAGCUUUAAUGACAAAAAUAUCCACCGAAACAUUUCCUACAUAUGACGAAUCGCGACCUGUUUCCCGAGGUAUGAAUCUCGGGUUGCCAAUCAGAGGAGCAGAACGUGUUGAUACAAUCCGCGAAAGCCCUGAGCCGAGAUAUCCUUCAUACAAUGAACCAAUGCGGUCUCCCGCACAAUCACGGUUACCAAUCGCGAGCCAAAGAUCUUCAGAUAGUAUGAGUAGAAGCUACAGUCCUGAAAUGAAAAAACAGAGUAGUUAUUCUAGAUAUGGACAUGAUGAGCCUGGGCUAGGAAAAUCUCUGGGUUCUUCACAGGGAUUUAAUUUUGGUCUCUCCCCGACUAAGAUUCCGGGUUCUGUUGGGAGAUCAAUCAGAGUUCCAGAUGUUAGAAAUGAGCAUCCAGCGAGAGAGUCUCAACAUGAAGUUCCAGAAGAAAGAAAUGAAAAGAUGAGUAGUAACGUGAGGAAUUUGUUGAGUCGAUUUGAAAGUGGUGAAUCCUCAUCCUCAACACCUUCUCAACAAGAAGGUUUCAAUAUCCCGACAUAUCAAGACCGUUUCGGCACUUCUCUUCCUCGACCUGCUGACAAUAGAUCGAUUGAAAAACAGCCUCAAUACGAACAACAAAGUCAGUUCGAGGCUGUAACACCACUUGAUAAUGAUAGAUUCGAUAUUCUGAGUGAAGAAAGUAGUCCAGUUCAAACACCGCUUGAAGAGAGGGAACUACAGCUCGAGAGCGGAGAAAGCAGUGCGGCACAAACGCCAUUGGAAGGAGAAUUUAGACUCGAUGAGGGGACAGGUGGAAAUGUCAAUGCAGGAGUACCGAAGAAGAGGAGAAGUAAGAAGGGGAAGAAGAAGGGCAAUGGAGGCGGAGGUGGAGGUCAAGCUUGA